AUGUCAUUUAUAUUCAUCCUUUUAAUUUUCGUGAUAUUCACUAUCACCUCCAAGUCAACUCCCAUCAAUGAUUUCGCUCCAAUUAAUAUAGAAUUAAUGAAAUACUCUAGAAGCUCUAAUAUUAAUUUUACCGAACAUCCCAAAUUAUCAGCCUUACCUCGCCAAAAUAUUCAAUUAGAUAACAAUGAAAAUUUGGAUUCCAUGUAUAUUGGAAAAAUUCAGAUAAAUAAACAAGUGUUCAAAAUGUUUUUUGAUACGGAAUCUUCUGAACUUUGGGUUCCUUCUCCUGAGUGUAAAACAAAAAUUUGCAAUUCCCUUAAGAAAAUUACUGGUCCGUUUAAAGAUCUUAAAAAGCAAACCACAGUUACUUACGGUUCAGGAGAUGUCAAAAUGAAAUUUGCAACUGUUGAUAUCAAUAUUGCAGGAUUUACUGCCAAAGAUCAAACUUUUGGUCGUGCCAUCAAAGUAUUUGAUAAUAAUAGAAAUCUUCCAUUUGAUGGUAUCCUUGGAUUAGGACCUGAAAGUUUGUCAUUUGAAAAAAGACCAACUUUAGUUUCCACAUUGGUCAAACAAGGUCUCUUGAAAAAUCCACAAUUUUCAUUUUAUUUAACUGAUUCAAAUGAUAAACCAUCAUUAUUUACAAUUGGUGGUGUUGAUAAAACAAAAUUUAAAGGAAAAAUUCAUUUCUCUCCAGUAAUUGAUAAGGUCGGACGUUGGUUCAUAGAAUUAGGCGGUGUGUCUAUUAAUGGUAAAAAAACAUCAACUGUUGGAGCAGAUGGUGCAGUCAUUCAAACUAGUUCAUCAAGGAUCUCUGUUCCUGCUGCGAACGCAAAAAGUUUUUACAAGAUGAUUCCAAAAGCAACAGAAAUUUCUGAUGGAGUUUAUGCAAUACCUUGUGACAGCAAGGUUAAAGUUUCGGUAAAAUUGAGUGGUCAAACAUGGGAUAUAAAUCCAAAAGAUUUUGUUUUACAAUCAAUUCCAAAUAGACCAAAUUUUUGUUUAGGUGCAAUUCACGGAAAACAAAAACUUCGAUAUUGGAUUUUCGGUUCAGUUUUCAUGAAAAAUGUUUACACGGUAUAUCAAAUAGGAAAAAAUCAGUCCAUAGGAUUUGCGAAACUUGUAUGA